AGGAAAUGCCGAGCUCAGUUCGUUGUGAAGUUUCUAGAUGAAUGCAGCUCGGACUUGGCGUUUCUCAUGUAGUGAACAAGGAGUUGGCGAUAAUUGAAUUAAAUUAAAGUAAUUUGGUGCGAUUAGAUUUUCAUAAGAUGGAUUACCAACCUAUGAGCACAAAAUUCGAAUUGCCCAAAAGUCCCGCUUCAACGUUGCACAACGAUGAAAGCGAUGAUGAUGUAGAGUAUAUCGGUACCAUACUUCCACCUGGGGGCCAACAGACAAUUAUCGACACCAAGUGGAGUCCUAAUCAAAAUGUGGACACAAUGGCUUCCUUAUUGGCCACGCCACCAUUAUCGCCAGAGGAGACGCACACGCAACACACACAAAUGCCCAUCCUGACAGCUAUGCUGACACAGAAUACAUGCCCCAACUCAAACUUUGAGGUGCAAAUACCCUGUUAUCUGUGCAAGCGGCCAUUCCAUGACAUCAAACAACUGCGUGAUCACCUGACCAUGCAUGCCAGCCAAUUACUCAUACACCUACGGCAAGGCGCUACACAUGUACCCAAUCUCUAUCCAUUUCCUCCAACCUAUGCCACUGAUCAAGGCAAUCGUAACGGAUUUGUUGAGAAGGCUCCGCCGCAGUCACAAGAGCCACACCAACAGCAACAACAGCCGCAACAGGUGAAAACGACUCAAGUCGCCUGCGAUAAGUGCGGCAAACUGUACAUCUGCAAAGCAUCCUUGAAGCUGCAUCAGCGACUACAUCACACACAACAUCCCAACGAAAACCAUGGUAGAUGGUUGGCCGGAACUUCAUAUAAAUGUCAUAUAUGCCGGAAGAGCUACAAACGCGAAUGUUUCCUCCAAAAGCACAUCCGCUACAAGCACGGCCCACAGCCUUGCACAAAUCCGCUGGACGAGGCUGUGCAGACUACGCCGUCGGUAUCAAGUUCCGAAAGGCCGCAACGUUGUGUCUGGAGCACAAAAAUGUUUAAUGCCGUUGCCGCAGCCAACUACAAUCCGGCCACAGAGACAGCGUCCAAGUACUUGCCGCCUGAUACAUCCGCAGCAUCAGAGACGCAGAAUCCAACUAUGAAACCGCUUACAAAGCGAAAAUACCCACUGCGUUCUCCCCACUUCAAUCCUAACCUCUGGAUCGACAAUGAUGCUUAUAUAGAAUAGAUGUAUACGUAUUUAUAAAUUUGAAUACCUAAGUUAAUAUUUAAUAUUUUUCUGUGAAAUACGUUUAAGGUUAUCUUUUAAAAAUAUUCCUGGACAGCAUAGCUGCCGUACAGUAGAUCUUAAGACAUGUAUGUAUGUGUCUUUAUAUAGUAUUAAUAUUAUAAUAUUUAUGAUCAUAAAUAAGCUGAUAAGCGUUCGCACAAUCACUUGAAUAUUUUCAAAUUGUGCUGAAUUUCGAAAAGGCAAUUCGAAAUAAGUGUUGUAAGACACUCUGUUGAUAAGGCAAAAUUUGCAAAAGGCUAAGAAAUUCGAGCUGCGCAAAAAUAAUAAACAAAGCAUGCUCAGCAUUACUUAUUCGUAUAAAAGGAAA